AUGGCAUCGAUAGCAACCAAUCAUGAUGUCAACUGCACCCCUCUUACCUCCUUUGACAGGGUGUUCUCCCAUCUAUGCCCCGAGCUCCGCCAGCAUGUCUUCGACUUGACCCGCUUUCACUGCACACCUCGAACGAUCCACUAUGACGCUCGUAAGAUAUGGGGAUCUUCACUUCAAGUCACACUUCUGCCUUAUCACGGCAGAGAGCGUUUGCCUUGGCAGAAUGAGGAUGCAAUGGAUCAACAUAGAUACACUAUGAUUCCCCGGGAUCUUGAUAUCAGACGUCUUCCUCCUUGUUUCCACGUCUGCCGCGAAGCUCGACAGCGAUGUUACAAAUUUUUUACUUGGUUAAGAAAUGGUGUUUGGUUCGAUUGUGAUCGGGAAACCCUCUUUAUGUUUGAUGCUUCACAUUCUGACGCAAUUUUAUCGGCACUUGAGCUGUUACCUCCGCCACCUCCUGAGUGGGACGAUGGGAAGAAGAAUUGUAAAGAGCUGAAUAUUGGAGAUCUGAAGUAUCUUAUUAUGGAUGAAGCUACUGUGGAGAGAUUCAUCACUAAUAAGGGUGGGCCCGGCUGGCAGGAUUUGUUCAGAGUGCUGAUGAAAAGUUUGACUGAAGUCCAAAUUAUACGAACUCCGAAGUUCGAAGCACCAUCGUGGGGACCACCAAUACUGACUAUACCGAUGCCGAUUGAUAGAAAUGAUAUGAUUAUUACUGAUAUAUUUAUAAGGUAG